AAAACUAUUUUGUUAAAUUAACUUUGUUAAUGUUGGCUAAAAGGGCGGUGGCCCAUAUAGCUUUCUGACAGUUAACCAAAUGCUUUAUCGUGAACGAUUGAAAAAUCUGCAGAGGGUCCUCAACCGCUGGCACAAUGUCGCAUUCAGUAAAAAAUUUCUGCUCUAUACAAACAUAGGUAUAUCCAUAUCGUUGAGCAUGUUGGGCGAUACCUUGGAGCAAUCUUACGAGCGGUUCACGGGUGAUAUCGUCGGCUGGGAUCGGACCCGGACAGUUCGAAUGGGUAUAUCGGGCUUGACGGUAGGCAUUGUUUGUCAUUACUGGUAUCAGUACCUAGACUACCUCUAUCCAAAGCGGACAUUACAAACGGUGGUUCGCAAGAUAUUAUUGGAUCAAUUCAUAUGCUCACCAUUCUACAUCAGUGUAUUCUUCCUCACAAUGGGAAUAUUGGAACACAAGUCCUGGCUGGAAGUCCAAGAAGAAAUCAAGGACAAAGCAAUUACCCUAUAUAAAGCAGAAUGGACCGUAUGGCCAGCCGCACAAUUUAUCAACUUUUUCUUUGUUGCUCCAAAAUAUCGUGUGUUCUACGACAAUACCGUGAGUCUUGGAUAUGAUGUGUAUACCUCGAAAGUGAAGUACAAAAAGAAGCCGAACACAGAUAAGAUAUCAUGAGAGUCGCACUGCAUAUCUUUUGCGUUUUACUUUAAAAUCAUUUAUUCGAAUUUCGAACAUAACGAAAUGUUAAUAUAUUAAAUUUUUGCGUAAGGGUAUAAA